AGCUUUCGCUCGAAUGGUCCGAUCUGACCGAGGUAGAGUCGCUGGAUCUGGGUUUGGCGCGAGGCACCCUCUUCUUGUCCCUCUGGAUUCUUUUCACCUGUGAGGUGUCCUGUAACAUGAGAAACGCUGACAUGAUGGUAGCAGUAGCAGGAUGUGGACAGUGACUGAAGCAAGAACUUGCACCUACGUCGGAGAUAUUGAAAAUGGUUAGAAGUGGCUCUAUAUAUAACCAUUGAACGGAAAUACCAGAUGCGCCCGUACAUGAGACAAUAACCACAUGCACCAAGAAUAGUCCACCAGUGUGGCAAACCAUCAAUGGUGGAGCCCCAGUGCCGAUCGGAAGAAAUAGCCAAUUUCACCUCAGUUCUGUGGGGCAGGGAUAUUUUAUGCAACACCGGUAUGGUAAUAGUGCGUAAGGAACGCUGUGUGAGACCACCCACCGGCGUCUUAAAAUCUCGUUGGGCGUGGUCGUCUAAAACAAUAGGCAAUUUGGCUGCAGUAGUCCCGUUUUGGGGCAUGAUCCCAGGUGGGCUGCAUUAUGGCAUACUUGUGCAUACGCGGGUACAUACACGAUACUCCUUGAAUACAAUAGGGCUUAGUGGAGGACAACCGACCGUUGGAGCAAAAGAAAUCACUCGUCCAAUUACAGGGUUCUCUGCCAACGAUCGGAUCGAAGUGUAUGCGCCUGUCUCGGGAUUCAUCUUCCUGGCCCCAGUGGACCCACCUAUCUCGAACGGCACCAGCUUCCCUGGUUUUGAGCGGAUUCAGCAGCAAUCGCCCUCGAGUGCUGAAACCUCACACGAGGCGUACCUCGUGCAGGGUUUCAACCUGUCUGAUGGUGUCAAGCCCUCAGGGCAAGUCUAGGCGUGCCUGGAUCACUUGCAAACGCACUGAUGUCAACCGACGCACGGAUGUCAACGAGCGCAUGCGACGUAAACGAGCUCGUAGAUGACAUGCGUCGAUCAAC